AUGGAAGAUGAUCCAAUUAAUUAUAUUGACUUCAGUCAUGAUUGCGUGUCAAAUGAAAUGGAAUACGUCGGAGUAGGAAAUGAAAUACCUGAUGAAAUGGAAGAUGACAUAUCAAAUGACUUGCCUAACAAUAUGUCAAUUGCCAUUCCAUUAUCACCGACAAAGAAUGCUAAAGUUUCCAUUGAGGUGGGAAUGGAAUUUCCCGAAUGGAAGGAUAUAGUAAACUUAUAUACAGCAUUUGGUAGGAUAAGAGGAUUCGGGAUCCGGAGACGAACAUCCAGGGAGGACUACGUGAAGCUAACAUGCAUUAGAGAAGGUCAUCCACAAACUAAAAAGGAAGAAAAUGUGGGUAAAUUGUGUGAGGCCAAGUCAAGGAGAACAUCAUCGUCACGUAUAGGAUGUGAAGCUUGUGUCAAGGCUUCUAGGAAUAAAAAAACAAAUAUGUGGAGAAUUACACAUUUCAUCGACAACCAUAAUCAUGAGAUGGUUACUCCGAAAAGUGUUACAUAUCUGAGAUCACACAGAAAAAUGCCUGAUGCUGCAAAAUGUUUGGUAGAAAAAUUCAACAACUCGAGUUUGCCAACUGGAAAGGUAGCCACCAUAUUCAAAAGCCAUGAUCUGGGGUUUGACAGUCGAGAUUGUUAUAAUCAUAUGAAAAAUGUGAGAAGAAAGAUAUAUGAUGCUGGGGAUGCACAAGCUGUGCUACAUUAUUGUAUUAAACAACAAGCAUUAAAUCUGGAUUUUUUUUAUUCCAUCAAGUGUGAUGAUGAUGAUCGAAUGGUAAGCUUUUUUUGGAUUGAUGCAAGAUCCAGACAUGCCUAUAAGCUUUUUGGUGAUGUGAUAACGUUUGACACGACAUACAGGACUAAUAAGUAUUACAUGCCAUUUGGACCCUUUGUUGGUGUAAAUAAUCAUAUGCAAUCGCUCUUGCUCGGAUGUGCUUUAUUACAAGAUGAAACUGAGGAUACUUUUAUAUGGCUAUUCGAGGAAUGGCUACGAGCAAUGAAUGGGAAACAUCCAGUUGCCAUAAUUACUGAUCAGGACAUGGCAAUUAGCAAUGCAGUUGCCAAAGUUUUCCCAAACACCAAGCAUCGAUUUUGUUUGUGGCACAUCAUGAAAAAAUUUCCUGAGAAGCUAUCCCAUGUUUACCAUGAGCAUGCAUCAUUUAAGAAGAAUUUGAACGAGUGUAUAUGGAGCUCCAAGAGUGCUGAAGAGUUUGAAGAAAGAUGGCAACAUCUUCUUAUUCAGUAUAGUCUUCAUGGAAAUGAAUGGUUGCAUGGACUCUACUCAAUUAGAUCGUCAUGGGUACCAAUCUUCAACAGAUCCAUUUUUUUUGCUGGCAUGAACACUACUCAGCGCAGUGAGAGUAUAAAUUCAUUCUUUGAUGGUUUUGUUACAUCUGGCACAACAUUGAAGGAAUUUGUGGAGAAAUAUAACCAAGCAGUAGAUACUCGGUACGAGUCAUCCAAAAAAGAAGACUUUGAAUCUAAGCACAAAGAAAGGCUUUUGACAUUUAAUAUGCCAUUAGAGGAGCAUGCAGCUAAAGUGUAUACCCGUGCAAUUUUUUUAAAGUUCGGUGAAGAGCUUUCUCUUAGUUUACGAUUAUCUAAGGAGAAACUUGGAAAUGACAUUGAGUGGGUUACCUACCAUGUUUUUAAUAAGAAGGACAACAAAGAUUAUGCAACAGUUGAUAUAAAAUUGGAAAACAAAGAGGCUAGGUGUUCUUGCCUUUAUUUUGAGUUCAUGGGAAUCUUAUGUCGACAUGUUCUUGCUAUUUUUUUGAUAGAAAAUAUCGAGCAGAUCCCUGAACACUUCAUCUUGCGCCGUUGGCGCAAGGAAGGAAAUGACAUACUAAGUAUAGACAGCAACAGUUAUACAACUGAUGGAGAUAGACUUCUUCGUAGCUUUCACCUACGCUCUAGAUAUUCCAGACUUGAUGAGCUUGCAUAUGCAUCGAGCGAAGCUUUUAGAUUCAUUUGUGAUGGUAUUGAUUCUCUCUCUCUAGCUGCAGAAAAGUUUGUGACUUCUGAGGAGACUACUAGUCUUAGCGAUUCUGACUUACAAUACUUGGGUCAUCAUUCAGAAGAGUCUUCUAUGAGGAACUUGAAGGAUCCCUACAUUUCUCAAACAAAAGGGCGAAAAAAGGACUCUCAAUAUACUUCACAGGGACGCAGGAUUCGUAGCGGGAUUGAAGAAGCAUCAAAACAUACUAAUAUAUGUGGAAUUUGUAAAAAACGAGGACACAAUAAGCGCACAUGCAAAGAUAUAAAUCUAUAA